AUGGUAUUGAAGCUGGUAUUAAAGCUAGCUGGUAUUGAAGCUGGCAUUGAAACUCGUAUUAAAUCUGGUUAUAAAGCUGAUAUUGAAGCAGGCAUUAAAGCUGGUAUUGUAGCUAGUAUUGAGGCUAGUAUUAAAGCUGGUAUUGAAGCUGGUAUUGAAGUUGGUAUUGAAGCAAGCAUUGAAGCUGGUAUUGUAGCUAGUAUUGAAGCUGGUAUUGAAGCUGGUAUUGAAGCUAGUAUUGAAGCUGGUAUUGAAGGUGGUAUUAAGGCUGGGAUUGAAACUGGUAUUGAAGUUGGUAUUGAAGCUAGUAUUGAAGCUGGUAUUGAAGUUGGUAUUGUAGCUAGUAUUAAAGCUAGUAUUGAAGCUGAUAUUGUGGCUAGUAUUGAAGCUGGUAUUGUAGCUAGUAUUGAAGCUGGUAUUGUGGCUAAUAUUGAAGCUGGCAUUGAAGCUUUUAUUGUAGAUAUUAUUCAAGCUGGUAUUGGAGCUGGUAUUGAAGCUGGUAUUAAAGCUGAUAUAAAAACUGGUAUUGUAGCUUGUAUUGAAGCUGGUAUUGAAGCAGGUAUUGAAGCUGGUAUUGUAGCUAGUAUUGAGGCUGGCAUCAAAGCUGGUAUUGAAACUAUUAUUGAAGCUGGUAUUGAAGCUGGUAUUAAAGUUGGUAUUGGAGCUGAUAUUAAAGCUGGUAUUGGAACUGGUAUUGUAGCUAGUAUGGAAGCUGGUAUUGAAGCAGGUAUUGAAGCAGGUAUUGAAGCUGGUAUUGAAAUCGGUAUUGUAGCUAGUAUUGAAGCUAGUAUUAACGCUGGUAUAGAAGCUGGUAUUGAAAUCGGUAUUGUAGCUAGUAUUGAAGCUAGUAUUAAAGCUGGUAUUGAAGCUGGUAUUGAAGCUGGCAUUGAAGCUCGUAUUAAAUCUGGUUAUAAAGCUGGUAUUGAAGCAGGCAUUGAAGCUAGUAUUGUAGCUAGUAUUGAAGCUGGCAUUGAAGCAGGUAUUGAAGCUAGUAUUGAAGCUGGCAUUGAAGCUGGUAUUAAGGCUGGGAUUGAAGCUGGUAUUGAAGUUGGUAUUGAAGCUAGUAUUGAAGCUGGUAUUGAAGUUGAUAUUGUAGCUAGUAUUGAAGUUAGUAUUGAAGCUGGUAUUGUGGCUAGAAUUGAAGCUGGUAUUGAAGCUGGUAUUGUAGCUAGUAUUGAAGCUGGUAUUGUGACUAGUAUUAGGAUAUUAGGAUAUUAG